CAGAGAUCCGACAUUGUGGUUGUUUAAGCACGAAGCUGUAUCGACUGAGGGAAGAUUCGAAAAUAAAAGGCUCGAAGGCGAUGGAAGCGUGGUUGCGAUGCGUUUGUUGACUGAAGUCGGCGGGCAGCGGUUGAAGGCGAGUUACUGUGGAUGGGGGGAUGACGGUUCCAAGUUGUUGGCUGGUGUUUGCUGGACGAGGUGUUUCCAGGUUGCAGGUUGGUUGGCUGUGCAUCGGCUGGGCAAAGCUUUGCUCGGCAGGCCCCAGCGAGCUUUGCCUUAGGUAAGCGUUGUCACCGUGUCGCUGUCGCCGUGCCACCGUGCCACAACUGCCCGGCAGAAACCCCACACCGCCCAAACUCUCGGCUGGGUGGUGGUGGGCAGGCGCAAACACAUGGAUGAAUUUUUUCGCAGGCGCAUUUUUGAUUUUUGAGAUCUUCUCUUUCUUCUGCAUCGUUCACGUCGCAAUCCCCAGCAACAUCCCCUAGCACCCCCAGGGCGAGCAAACCUGCAGUGAACCCUGGAGACGAUCGGAAACAAAAGCACACACUAUCGCUAUCCAUUUCCACACCGACAAUGUCUGGUCAAAACGACUCUGCCGCCUGGCCCAAGGCCGAGGACCCUGCUCUCGUCCAGGAGCUUCUCGACUGCGUCCAGCAGGCCAGCCACUACAGGCAGCUCAAGAAGGGCGCCAACGAGGCCACCAAGUCCAUCAACCGCGGCACCAGCGAGCUUGUCAUCCUUGCCGCCGACACUGCUCCCCUCAGCAUUGUCCUCCACAUUCCCUUGAUCUCUGAGGAGAAGAACGUGCCCUACGUUUACGUGCCCAGCAAGAUUGCUCUGGGUCGUGCCUGCGGUGUCUCCCGCGCCGUGAUCGCCGUCUCCCUCACCUCCAACGAGGCUUCCGACCUCAACUCCAAGAUCCGCGCCCUCCGCGACAAGGUCGAGAGACUUGCUAUGUAA